CUGUUACAUAAGCACAUAGUGAGUACUCUAAUCGACCUUCUCGGACUCUCCGGGCGUGAGGGGUGGGUGAGGGGACCGGCAGGCUGUCACAGCCCCUUCAAAAGGGACUUGGGGCUGGGAGAUGUCGCAGUCAACUGGGAAAGGAGAGCCAAUCAGCAACUGGAGCGUCCCACGCCGUUUGUCAAAUGCAUCUCCGGAUUAGCUCUACUCAUACGUAUAUCUUGGGGGUGACUAGGUGAUGUCCGUGUUCAAGACACUAGCGUGCUAAGCCUGCAUUUCAGUUUGCACAGCGCUGUAAGUUUUGUCUCAAUCUUCCUGACCGCCAGCGAACCUGGAGGACGUCUGUUAGCGGUAAAUUUAUUUAUUUAUUUAUUUAUUUAUUUAUUUAUUUAUUUAUUUAUUUUGAGACGGAGUUUCCCCUUGUUGCCCGGGCUGGAGUCCAACUGCGCGAUCUCGGCUCACCGCAACCUCUGCCUCCCAGGUUCACGCGAUUCUCCUGCCUCGGCCUCUCUAGUAGCUGGGAUUACAGGCAUGUGCCACCACGCCUGCCUAAUUUUGUAUUUUUAGUAGAGACGUGGUUUCUCCAGUUGGUCAGACUGGUCUCGAACUCCGGACCUCACGUGAUCCGCCCGCCUUGGCCUCCCAAAGUGCUGGGAUUACAGGCUUGAGCCACCGCGCCCGGCCAGCGGUAAAUUAUUUACCCACAUUCCGAAAAGGAAAACGGGCGCCCGCGCGCAAGGACAUACUCCUUGAUGGUCACUCAACCAGAACGCCGCUGCUCCGGCGCCACUGCUUGACCUAGCGCACCGCCCCCUCCGACGCGGGCGCCGUCGGGCUGCUGCGCCAUGCGCGCGACAGGGAAAGGAGGGGUCGCGCUAGGUUGCGUCACUCGUCUGCGACGGCGCCUGCGCGAAACACCAUGCUGAUGGCAAGGUGCAGCGGUCCUGUCUUGCUCUGCCUGCGGCAGGGACUCGGAACCAAUUCAUUCUUGCGCGGCCUAGGGCAAGAGCCCUUCGAAGGAGCUCAGUCACUGUGUUGCAGGUCCUCGCCUAGAGACCUGCGAGACGGAGAAAGAGAGCACGAGGCGGCACAAAGGAAAGCCCCAGGAGCAGAGUCUUGCCCAUCUCUCCCUCUGAGCAUCUCGGACAUUGGGACCGGAUGUCUUUCGUCACUGGAAAACCUCAGACUGCCUACUCCGCGGGAAGAGUCAUCCCCUCGAGAGCGCGAGGACUCGAGUGGAGACCAGGGCCGGUGCGGUCCGGCACACCAGAUAUCCGAGGAUCCUUCGAUGCUCUCGCAGGCCCAGUCUGCUACCGAGAUCGAAGAGCCUCACGUCUCCCCUUCUUGUUCAACUUCCAGACAGAGACCCUUUCAGGUUGGGGAACUGAUUUUAGCUGAGACUGAGAAGAGAGAAACACAAUUUAAGAAAUUAUUUAGAUUGAACAAAGUUGGACUCUUAAAUAGUAGCUGGGGGGCAGUCCCGUUCAGCAAGAUCGUGGGCAAGUUUCCCGGCCAGAUACUGAGGAGUUCCUUGGGUAAGCAGUUCACGCUGAGGAGGCCAGCAUUGGAAGACUAUGUAUUAUUGAUGAAAAGAGGGACUGCCGUAACAGUCCCAAAGGAUAUUAGUAUGAUUCUCUUGAUGAUGGAUAUCAGCCCAGGUGAUACUGUUUUGGAAGCUGGCUCAGGCUCUGGUGGAAUGAGCUUAUUUUUAUCCAAAGCAGUUGGAUCACAAGGACGAGUCAUAAGUUUUGAGGUACGAAAAGACCACCAUGAUCUGGCUAAGAAGAAUUACAAACACUGGCGUGAUUCAUGGAAAUUAAGUCAUGUAGAAGAGUGGCCAGACAAUGUGGAUUUUAUUCAUAAGGAUAUUUCAGGAGCAACUGAAGACAUAAAAGCUUUAACAUUUGACGCAGUAGCUUUGGAUAUGUUAAACCCUCAUAUUACUUUGCCUGUUUUUUACCCACGUCUUAAGCAUGGUGGUGUAUGUGCUGUAUAUCUAGCAAACAUCACACAGGUUAUCGAACUUUUAGAUGGAAUUCGCAUCUGUGAACUUGCUCUUUCAUGUGAAAAGAUAAGCGAGGUCACUGUCAAAGAUUGGUUGGUUUGCCUUGCAAAACGGAAAACUGGAAUUUUAGCUCAAAAAGUAGAACCUAAAAUCAACAUAGAUGUACAACUAGAUUCUCAAAAGAAAACUGGAGUUGAAGAUGAGCUGUUUCAAGAGGAUGACCGUGAAGAAUCACAUUCUGAUUUUCCAUAUGGAUCAUUUCCCUACGUUGCUAGACCAGUACACUGGCAACAUGGUCAUACAGCUUUUCUUGUCAAGUUGAGGAAGAUCAAACCACAACUGAGUACUCCAGAUGACAGCAACUGACUUGAAGAUGGAAAAAUAUCAAAAUAGAACUUUAUAUUGAAAAUCACUACUUUCAUAGAUUGGCAUUUUUAGCUAUUACUGUGACUUAUAUAACUUUUACAUAUAAUUUUGAAAAUAACAAAAUAAAGAUGUAUAACAUGGCAAAACUGCUUAAACGUCCCAUUUUGACACUUGUCUUGCAGUUAGUUUGACAUUUUGUAGUUAAUGAUUCCAAAUUGGUUUAGUUGGACCAUCUCAUUCUUCGCUUCCUGUGAACCACUCCAUAGAUUUGUCUUUCUUCAAGAAAUUAGUUUUCUUUCCUUUAUUUGAUUGAUGGUCAUUGACUACUGAAAUAAAAUUGCAUUUUAAGAUAAA